CUGUUGAAUCAUAUCGUAUUGGUUUGUUUACAAACAUUCUGAAACACUCAUUUUUAGAGAAGUUCAGUCGUAACGGUUAAAAUACCCGCGGGAGAUGUUAAAAAUCAGAAACAUUCGUUUUGUAGCCACAGUCGCGUACAGAUUCUCAUCAAUUGUCAGUGGGAAUACGCUAGAUGCCGGGCCGGACACAAGAAUCCUCUAUUCACCAUCCAUAUGCAGACUCCAGCAGCAGCAGCAGCCAGUUCGGAAUUAUGCCAAAAGUAAAGAUAAGAAAAAGGAGAAAAAAGGAGCACCAGCGAAGGUUCACAUCAACGAUGGCCAACUAGCUGAGGUAUUCGACGUGGGCACUUUCCGGACGCAGAUGGAGAAAAUACUGGAUAACAUGAAGAAUGAUUACAUCAAGAACCUUUCGCUUCGAUCCGCAACUGGGGCACUAGAAACCCUCAAGGUUGCUUACGAAGGCGCCGAUUAUCAGCUGCAGGAAUUGGGUCAAGUAGUGAGGAAAAAUCCCAAAACUGUCGUUGUGAAUCUGGUGUCGUUCCCACAAACGAUUCCAGCUGUUUUGCAAGCACUUCAAAAGAGUGGGAUGAACCUAAAUCCCCAACAAGAGGGAACCACGUUGUUCAUCCCGGUGCCAAAAGUCACCAGAGAACAUCGUGAAAGUUUGUCGAAAAACGCCAAGAGUCUCUUUAUCAAGUGUCGGGAUGCAAUCAAAGAUAUUCAGAAUCAAGUCAUCAAAAAGGUUAAGAAACAGGCCGAUAUAUCAGAGGAUUUGAACUUCCAAGUGCAAGCUCAGAUUACGGCGAUAGCAAAUGAAUACAUAAAAGAAGCGGAACAGCUCAUGGAAACUAAACAGGCUGAGCUCAUGGGAGAUAAAUAGUAGAUAGGUGUUAUGUUAAUAUAAAUUGUAAUGUUAUACGAGAAAAUACAGUUUGUUUCAAUGGAACAUAUGUUGAAACAAAGGUUUGGAAUAAUGUUAUGGAAAAUCAUAUCCCCACUUACCAAAUUCAAAUGCUUUCCGUCUAGCGUUACAAUUUUCUUUAUGGCCUCCGCUUGUUCCUUCAAUUUGGAACGUAGAUUCAGUAUUUUUUCCUUACUCUGUAGGUUGAAAUAGUGCUCCUGUGAGGUAUUGGCAAUGGCGUAGCAAUUUUCAAUUCUCGAACGCCAUGUGUUCAGGAGUGUUUCAUCGGGCAAACCGUAUCCCACAAUAGGCGCAGUGAUCUCAGAUUUUUGCUCCUCUAGGCUCUUGAGUUUAGCCUUCAACCGCUCAAUUUCUUCUGCUUGUUCAUUAACCUUCUUGAUCAGAUAAUCUUUUGGCACGUUCGAUGGAACGAUGUUCUGUUUCAAAGUAGUACGUAUCUUUUUGGCACGUGAAGCGUAUUUCAGUGUAUUGUAAGUAUCCUCAUAGGUUAGCGACGAGGGAGACACAUUGGCGAUCAUCAGCGUCUGACAGUUCCCUCCGAGACUGUCUUUGAGAAUUCUGGUUAAAUUGGAAUCUCGGUAAGGAAUGUGUUUUAAACCAUCUGCCAAUUUGUUGAUACAAUUUCCCAACGCCAACAGACUCUUGUUUAUAUUGGCGCCUUCCUUGAACCUGAUCCCGAUUCCUUUUGUACUCGCGGCACGUUCGCUACCAGCGAGAUCUAUCAUCGAGAGUUUGACCGUUUUCUUCUGUCCACUGGUCUUAUCUACCAUCCGGAUGUGUACUUGGAAGAUGGCAUGGCUACGACUGCUUUCGGCAUUUGCAUCCGUCGGAUGCUGGGUUCGAUUUUGAUUACCGAGCGCCAACAGAUCGAGAAGUUCUCUCGCGUUGUGGAUUUGUUUCAACACCAGUCCACUAACCACAACACCGCUAGCGUCUUCUCGCAGCUUUAGGGGGCCAGAUUUUGUUAGCAAAUUCAUCACCAGUUCAUUGUACACCUCCAGAUAGGAAAUACCGAUGUCGAAUUUACGAACCGCAGACAGGGCGUCUAUCUGUCGGAAGAGUUCCUCCAUCGUAAGAAAGGUAAUACCCGGGAAUUCUUCACUGCCCAACAUGGUAAACGUUUUGCCCGCUCCGGUCGCCCCGUACACGAACACCGAGCAGUUGUAUCCGUCCAUAACGGACUGCACCAGUGGUUUUGUGCAGUGUUGGAAGACGAUCUCAUUGUUGGCUUCAGCGUCGAAUACGUCGUCGUAUUCCAUCGCGAGUUUCUUCUUCACUCGUUUUGUGAUGUCCCGAUGUGUUUGCUUCAUGCCAUGGAAGAAGAAUUCAUCCUCGUCUUCGUCCGGAUCGAACAUGAGGGUGGUUUUGUCCAAAACCUGGAAAAUAGUCGAAUAAGGUGUUCAUAUGUGUUAGUUAGAAUAGAUGCAAGACUUUGUUACAAUGGUUUUUUUUCAAUUAAAGAAGAAGGAAAAAUGUUUUUCAAUUUUUUAUAGACCAACUGAUUUUCUCUCCAGCUGGACGAGUCUACAUUACCCAGCAAUGAAGCUCUGUUGUUAAGCUAUGUUCGAUAUGUUAAAGAUGAAAAUAUGUACCAAGAAAUGAUUUUUGCUACAUAUAUGAAGACUGAUAUCAGAGGAGAAUCGAUCAUUCCAUGGCUGAUGGUGCACCAUCUAUGGUUGGUCGUCAUCAUGGUUCUACAGCUCAAAAUUAUCACAAAAGCUUCCAGACCAUGUUAUAUUAUCACAACCGAAGAGGUAAACUGUCCCAUCGCAAGCAGGGAACCAAAGGAAAACGGUGAACGGCGUGGAUUUGAGUUACUUCUUGGGGAAACUUUUUUUAUGCGGUCCCUAUCUACCACACAAAAAAAGUUUUUUUCAAAAUGUGUACCGAACACGUUUUUUUAAAGCUACUGGUUAAGUUUUGCACUAUUUUUUAUGCGGUUCUCAUCCACCGCACAAAAAAAUGUUUGCCUGUAAUGGGUAUUUCAAUAGGCACACCACAAAAGUAGACCGAUAGGGACAGCAAACGACGCCAUAUUUUUUCCCGCUCUCUUGACAUUUCUCUUCAGUAAGGUUUGCCAUUUCAAAAUGGAAAGAUAUACGAUCCGACAACGAGUCGAGUUUAUCAAAAAUUACAACUGAAAUUCGGAGUCAAUGACCUCAACUUUAAGAGCGCUCCACAGGCACAGUUCAAAAUGUUCCCGUGCCAGUGAAACAAAGAAGUACCCGUAGUGUCGAGAAUGUUGCUGCCGCUAGCGCAUCAAUUGAGGAAGGCCCAAAUCAGUCUUUCACACGUCAUUCGUCAAGCGUCAAGCGUUGGGCAUCUCUGUGACAUCGUUGUGGCGAAUUUUGCGAAAAGAUCUUGGCCUACAUCCUUACAAGAUCAAAUUGACGCAAGAACUGAAGCCACUUGGCCACCAGAAGCAUCGUAUGUUCGUGAAUUGGGCUGAGCAACAACUUGAAAAUGAUCCGGAUUCUCAUCGAAAAAUCAUCUUCGGCGAUGAGUCAAUAAGUAAAACAUCGAUGAAGGUGAAAUGGGUUGUGGGGGUGAAAUUGGAUCAAAAAUGGAAAAAGUUACUAAUAGUAAUAUAUCGUCAAAUAUUGCGAAUAUUUUUGAAAGCUGUGAGCCAUUUAAUAGGAGACAUAUUUCCACAACUUCCAAUGUAUAAUAGUUAACUGUAGUACGAAAAGUUAUUAUUUAAUAAUUCACACCUCAGAAAAAAUCUCAUGCCAGCAUUAUACAGAACUACUAAAAUUAUAAAUAUUGGAUAGAAUUAUUAUUUAAAGUCUUGUCAGAUGAGUCAUUUCUGAUUUCACGAAAAUCGAAAAAUCAACUUUUCCCCCUUUUUCCAAAGAUGACCUUUCUCAAUCUUUUUUUGUCCAAAUAUAGUUUAUUUAUAAUAAGUAUUUAUGUUACAAAAUUAAAACAUCAUUAAUCAUUUAAAUUCGAUAUGACUUCUACUUCAUGCACAUGCAUUGUUAUUGUUAAUAUAAUUUAUGUACUUGAUGAAACGUCGAUUUCAAUUCUUUUUGAUGAUGCUAUGUUGGCCAGAACUAGUUGAAUUAGAUUGUCAAAACUGAGACGCUGCCAAUGAGCUAGUUUUGUUUGAAAAACAUUACACUUGAAAAAAAAACAGAUUUUGUUUUCGUAAUUUUUGAUUGUAAUUGUUUUUCACAGCAUACAUGGAUUCGGAAAUUUUAUUAACCAUAGAAUUAAGGAAACAUGUUGAUGUAUUUUAGAAAAAAUAUAGCUAAGAGUCUGGCUUCUUUAAACCUAUGCAACUGAGCUUGUAAAAA